CAGUCCUCCGAUAAGGCCCGCCCCAAGCAUGCGCCUCGACUCCGACGAGGCCACGCCUCCCUACGCGUGACCCGCCUGCGCAACCUGCUCAGGCCUUCCGUUACGGACCCGCCCACCACCCCAAUUACUUCGCUCCACCUCCAAGGGGCGGGGAUGCCCAGUCCAUGAGUCACAACCCCGCCUCCGCGCUCAGGGAAGUCGCCGCUUUACUCACUCACCCGCUGGACCUGGGAGGAGCCGCCUCUGCCGCUAGAGGAGAGCGUGCGUGCGGAGGCGCCAAAACCCCGCCUAGGCUUCGUAACCACUCCUAUCAUUCGCUCGCCUAAACUCAGUGGGAGGGGCUCUCUAGGCCCCGCCCUCCACCGGAUGCGUGAUCACUAUAGGUCCUGCCACGGUGGUGGGGCUAUAGGGGAGGUGAAGGCACCUGGAAAGGAAGGUGGAUAAAAGUAGAGGCCCCCUGGAAAGGAGCAAAGAUUGUGGGGGGAGAGCACUCCAUCUUCACACCACCCACUGGGCACAGUGGAGGGCAGGAUCAGAGCUGGGGCUCAGGCAACCAGGCAUGGCUGUAAGGUCUGCAAAGCGCCCGGGGUCCCACAGCUAGUGUCUCCAGUUACAUUCGAACUCAGGUCUUACUGAUCCCUACGCCCCUUUGCUUCUGCUCUAACCGGGAAGCUGGCAGAUAUAGUCACCCACAGGUACGGUAUAUUCACUUCGAGGUGGCUAUGGGAGGAACGGCACCUAGAGACCAUCUGCUUUUAGCUACUCGUUUUACAGAUUGGGAAACUAAGGCCAGCGAGGUUUGCAGCCGACUGACGAAGGCUCCAUGAUAACCCUGUCUAGUCCAGCCGGGGUAGAAAUACGCUGUAAAGCUUUCGAAAUGUGACGUCCCUGAGUUGCAGCCCCGACAUCUGCGGGGCCGAGGAGAUCACUCCUUAGCCAGGCAGUUCAUGCCAUUUUGGGACAGUUCUCUCAAGCCGUCUCGUGUUUCCUCAUCACCUCCUAUUCAACUAUAAGCAUACUGUCCUCUGGCAUGCUCUGGGCUAGACUCUGGUGAAACAAAAACACACGGAAAGACCGUCCCUGCCCUGAGGAACUUACAUUCGAAUAGAGGAAGACAGAAGGUAAAAGGACUCCUCCUUCAAGGCUCUGACCUGGUGCCACCUCCUCAAGGAAGCCUUCUCUGAUUCCCCUCACACACCCGCACUCACUCCGCAGUGAAAGUGUCCUCUCUCCCCCCCUCAGCGUUUCCUCAAGCAGUUGGUGGGGAUCUCCCCUUGGAUGCCACCACUCCCUCCCUCCCUGGCAUUCUACGUUUCUGUGUACCCACGACCACCACUGUCAGGUGCCUGGACGUUUGCAAAGCGAUUAAUCGACCUCCUUUGAGCUGCAUCACCCCUUCAGUGGAAAGGAGAUGAAGAAACUGAGGUGAAUUAAUCUGCCCCUGGACACACAACUGGUGCUUCCGAAGGGCUGGAUUUGAACUCGGAGUAUCAAUAAAGAAGAAUGUAAAGUCCCUGCUAGUAGGAAUCAUUUCAUUCUUUUUACUUGUGACCCAAGCAAAUGAGAUCAUAGUUGUAAAGCGCUUAGCACGGUGGUAGGCUUGGAAAACCCUUAUUCCCUUCCUCUUCCCAGCCUGGCACACAGGAGGGGGGUGCGUAUAGAUCUAUGAACAAUGAGUCAGGCGCCUACUGUGUGCCCCACACCGUGCUAAACAGCAGCGAUAUAAGCCCGUGCUCCGGGGCUCCCGUUCGAAGCAUAUGCAGCCCACCCGCUCCUCGCACUAGAAUGGAAACUCAGCGCCAGCUCGGGGCGGAGCCUGGCACCUGGGAGAUAGGAGAUGAGGAAACUGAGGCCUCAACGAUUCACCCAGUUGUACGGAGGUGGGUUCUGCACAGAAUCAGUUCUUUCCACCCACUGCUUUCUGCUGCCACCUCUCCGCCUGGAGAAUGGAAAUUCCUUGAGGGAGGAUUGUCCGUGUCCAGAGAGAAGAACUCAGACGUGUGAUCUUCCUAGAUACACACAGGAACAAACGUCAGCCAAAGCACCCUAUCUAUAUGAGGCGAAACAGUGGCAUUCCAACCUAUGGACUUCGACAGUCCAUCCUCGUUAAUAAACGGCUCCAGGACUGUUAUGUUGAUACCCCCACUCUCACCAAUAUUUGGACUUCCAAGACGUAUGCAAACCCGAGCGUAGCUUCGAAGGGCGGCCUCACGUCUUCUUGGGAAGUGGUCAAGAACCCCCUAGUGUCGAGCUCCUUCUCGCUGGUUAAGUUAGUCCUCAGGAGGCAGCUGAAGGACAAAUGCUGCCCAAUCCCUCCCAAGUUAGGUGCUGAGGGGAAGGCGCGGAAGAUCCCAAAGAUAAAGACCAAGGGCACCGGGCCGGUGAGGGCUGACCCGGGGGACAGGGACACCGAGGCUGUCCCAGACAAAGACAAGAGCCCUUCUGGGAAGCCAUCGGGCACAUCGGAUUUGAUGAGGUCUACAGGACCUGAUAGUGAGAGUGAAGAAAGUCAAAAGGAGGAAAAGGAGGCAGCCGUUGGUGAAGAUCUCCAGGAAGGGGCUGUUACCCAAAUCCCCCUAGGGAAAAGCGAAGGACCGGUGGGGGAGACCCAAGUUGACCUUCCUCUAGGAAAUCGAGGUGAACCACCCCAGGACACGCUCAUCAUCCACGGGCUCUCUGCUGAGCAAUACACAGCCCUGUACCACUCGGUGGUGGAGCCCAUGCUGUGGAAUACAUCAGGAACCCCUAAGAGAUAUAGCUUGGAGCUGGGGAAGGUCAUCAAACGAAAGCUCUGGGAAGCCCUGUGCAGUCAGGCCACGGCCCCCAGCCCUGAGGGAGCAGGCUCCGGAGGAGUUGCCAAUAAUCCCGGGCCACCCGGGAAGCGCCCAGGUCCCAAACCGGACAGGGAAGCCGGUGAGCAACCAGCGGUGCCCAAGUGGCCCAAGCUAGAGUAAAGAGCUCGGGGGAGAAGCAGAGGAAUAGAACCAUCGAAGAGUAGGACUAGAAUAUUUGUACUGGAUGUCGGAAAAUAAAAAACAACACUUUGUACUCAG